AUGAAGUUCCUCUCCAGCUUGGGGUUCAGUUCCAGCGACCUGGCUAAAUGCACCAGGAAGGUUGGGAUCAUUGGGAAAUACGGGACCCGCUAUGGUGCCUCCCUCCAGAAAAUGGUAAAGAAAAUUGAAAUCAGCCAGCAUGCCAAGUACACCUGCUCAUUCUGUGGCAAGACCAAGAUGAAGAGACAAGCCGCUGGCAUCUGGCUCUGUGGUUCCUGCAUGAAAACAGUGGCCAGUGGGGCCUGAACCGACACGACUUCUGCCGUCACAGUGAAGUCCGCCAUCAGAAGACUGAAGGAACUGAAAGACCAGAAGCAUACUGUUUAA